AAAGAGAAAGUCAAGAUGGUGAACGGAAUGCUGAAUAUCAAUAAAAACUUAAUAGAGGAAGAAAUGAAAUAUAUUUGCCAGGUUAUUGAAAGUAAAACUUUAGCUGUUCAAAACUUUGAAAAACAGUUUGAUUUGUUAAAUAACUCAAUAAAAAAGACAGAAAGUGACUUGAGAAAAGACAUACAGACACUGAAGAUGACAGACCAAAGCACAAUGGAGAAAAUAAAAGCUCUAAAUAAAACGCAAUUAGUUUCCCAUAUUAGUCCCCAAAUUGAAAUGCUCCAAUAUCACAUGAAUGCGAUGAAUGCAACAUUACAGAAAUGCAGUGUGAACAGUUUUUUUGAUCGUGUGAAAAAGACAGAGUAUGCUUUAGAAAUUUUCUCCGUCUCAGCUGUAAAUGAAACUCUACACACUGCUUGUAGUGAUCUGAAUGAAUCCAGCUGGAUCUUGUCAAAAGUGCUUCUGAAGGAUUGCGGAGAAAUUUUAAAGAAGUUCCCAAGUUUAAAAGGGCGAGAUGGUGUAUACAGAAUAUCCGUAGGCUCUGAGGUCAAGUCUUUUUACUGUGACAUGACGACAGAUGGAGGAGGGCGGACGGCAAUACAAAGAAGACAGGAUGGGUCUACAGAUUUUUACAGGACGUGGGCAUAGUAUAAACAAGGAUUUGGGGGUCCAUCUAAAAAAUACUGGACUGGAAAUGACGCAAUCUAUGAGUUAACAAUGAACAAGGACCGGGAACUCCGGGUUGAGCUACAAGAUUUUGAUGGCGUUGAAGCGUACGCUCAAUACUCUACAUUUUAUGUUGGAGAUAAAUACAGUAAACACGUACUCACUGUAUCGGGGUAUUCAGGAAGCGCAGGUGACGGUUUGGCUUAUCAUGAUGGUAAUAAAUUCAGUACAAAAGACCUGGACAACGACAGAGGUAAGCGUCACUGUGCUACAACAUUCCACGGAGCUUGGUGGUACAAGGACGGUCAUCACGCAAACCUGAACGGACUGUACGCCCAGUCUGCUGUUAAUGAUUCUAGUUAUAAUUACCCCACAUGGUAUGAAUGGGAAAAUAAACAUGAAGCUCUUCAAAAGACACUGAUGAUGAUCAGACACAAAACGACUUCCUUAAACAUAAUAAGUUACUCUCCUGUAAAGAUGGGCGAUCUACAGAUACAAUGUUUCAUCCUCUCUGUAUUGGCUUAUGGAACAUUUUGUGAUUUAUCUUUAAUUGAAAACGAAGCUUCUGAUAAAAAUGGUUUCCUCCCUAGUACUGUAUCAGAUAAAGCGUCCAAUGUCUUACGUGACAUUCUGAAUCAGGAAAGUCUGGUCCGCUUCUCUAUGGUCCAAAAAAUACAGAAUUUGGUUAUGGAUGCCAUCGACAACAAAAAAGAUAUACAAGUAAUGAAGGCAAAGCUUAGUGAGAUGUCAAUGGACUUACGGAACUUGGAAACGAAAAACCAAAUAUUGGAGGAAGAAAAUAUUGAACUGAAAGAGAAAUUCAAGAUGGUGAGCAAAACGGUGAAUGUCAAUAAAAACUUUACAAAGGAAGAAAUGCAAUAUAUUGACCAGGUGAUUGAAAGCAAAACUUUAGCUCUUCAGGGUUUUGAAAAACAGCUAGAUUUGUUAAAUAAGUCAACAAAGAAGAUAGUAAGUGACUUGAAAACAGACAUACAGACAUUGAAGAUGACAGACCAGAGAACAAUGGACAAAAUAAAAGCACUAAAUAAAUCGCAAUUUGUUUUCCCUGUUAGUCCACAAAUUGAAAUGCUCCAAUAUCAAAUGAAUGCAAUGAAUGUAACAUUACAAAAAUGCAGUGUGAACAGUUUUUAUGAACGUGUUAAAAAGACACAGUACGCGCUAGAAAAUUUCACCGACUCUGUAAAUGAUACUCUACACACUGUUUGUGGGGAUCUGAAUGAAUCCAGCAGGAUCUUGUCAAAAGUGCUUCUGAAGGAUUGUGCAGAAAUUUUUAAGAAGUUCCCAAGUUUAAAGGGAAGGGACGGUGUAUACAGAAUAUCCGUAGGUUCUGAGGUCAAGUCUGUUUACUGUGACAUGAGUACAGAUGGAGGAGGGUGGACAGCAAUACAAAGAAGACAGGACGGUUCUACAGAUUUUUACCGGACUUGGCGAGAUUACAAACAAGGAUUUGGCGACCCCUCUACAAACUACUGGAUUGGAAAUGACGCAGUCUAUGAGUUAACAAAGAACAAGGACCAGGAACUCCGGGUUGAGCUACAAAGUUUUGAUGGUGCUGAAGCAUACGCUCAAUUUUCUACAUUUUACGUUGGAGAUAAAUACCAUAAAUACAUACUCACUGUAUCGGGGUAUUCAGGAACCACAGGUGACAGUUUGGCUUAUCACAAUGGUAGUAAAUUUUCAACAAAGGACCAGGACAACGACCAGUGGAGUAGUGUUAACUGUGCUGAAAGGCGACGCGGAGCCUGGUGGUACAACCACUGUUACUACUCAAACCUUAACGGAGAGUACGGACAGUCUGCGAAGUUUGGUGAUAAAUACCCGGUAUGGCAUGACUGG